AUGUCCACUUUUGACAGGCUUUGUGCUAUUGCACAACAUUGCAAAGAUGAGCACCCUGAGGAGACCCCCAGCUCCCUGCAUCACAAACGCCUGAAAGGCUGGAAAAAGCCUGCGAGCAUGAAAGCUAAGCUCACCGAGCGACUUGCCGCGGCCAGAACUAAGAAAGGAAAAGAUGAAAAGGAUGAUCAUGAACGACUGGCCAAACUCUCUUCCUGCCUCACUGCCAAGCACAUGAAAGCUGCUUGGUGGAAGCGUCUCUGCAAGGAAGAUCCUGAGCACAAGCAGUUGCUUCUCGAAAAAACUGGUUGGACUGAAGAAGAGAUCAGCAAGCCGGUCUAUGGCCGGCCUCACUACAGAAUUGGCGAAGCUAAGAACCCUGGGCCUCAUGCACAGGCAAGUUUGUGUGGCAUCAGCAUCCUCUCACUCAACGUGGGUGGGGCCCCAGGUUGCUGGAGAGCUUUGGCUGAGGACUUCUUUGAUGCUGACGUCGUCUGUUUGCAGGAAGCCUCUCUUUCUAGGUCUGAGUUUGGUGGUUUUGCCCGUCAAGCUAAGAAAAAAGACUACUCUACCUUCCAAUGCGCUGCUCCCGCUGAGCAAGGGCGGUGGGGUGGGGUGGUCACUCUCGUUCGCAAAACGGUUCGCCAUGGUGCUGUCGUCACGGACAGCAGAAGAGGGGUGCAAAUGUUGGGUGUCUGGCUUCCUGAUGCCUUUCUUCUAAACGCCUACGUUGCUCCGGGCAACGAGCAGGUGGGGGCCGAGAUGCUUGGCUCUCUCUUCGCUGCUCAUGCUUUGGAUAAGCAGGAAUGGUUGCUCACUGGUGACUGGAACCAAGAACCUGAAGACAAUGUUUUGGGUCCUCUUUGUUUUGCCAAAGGCGGCUGGUUGGUAGGCGCUGCGCACAGGUGGACCAGUAAGAAGCGCAUUGACUGGGCUGCCAGCACUAUCUCUCCCAUGAGACUCUCCUUCCAAGGUGCUGAAACUAGGCGUGCCGUGUCGGACCACCCUGGCUUCUGGCUCAGACUGACCGAUAAGGUGCAGACUCCUAGACGUGGGCGCCUUAAACCAGCGCCAACCUGGCACAAGCCCAGCUUUCUCAGUGGCCAGCAGUGGACCCAAGCUCUGAGUGAAGCCUGGGACAGGGUGGUAAAGAAAACUAAGGACUAUGCAGACAUGAGGAAUCAGCUUAAGAAUGAAAGCCCCUUUUCUGUGCAAGACAGCUGGGACUGCUUCAUGAGCUGCAUGCGAAUCUGCUUUGUCGAAGCCUUGUAUAAACUUGGCCAAGUUUGUAUCGACCCUGAGCAAACUGAAGAGAUCAAGCGUUUGUCCGACCAAUAUGGCUUUGAAGCCAAGGGCAGGCCUGCUCGGUUCCAAUGGGUCACGGUGGGGAAAAACUCUGGUGGGCAACAAAACCCAGGAGAGGCACAACGGCGCAUCCGUCGCCGCCUUGCCAGGCUGUAUGAAGCUCUGCGCAUUGCAAAAAACGGGGCCUCUAUCGACCCUGCUUUAUUGCGCAAACUCGGGCCUGGCUGGGAAGCUCUUGACGCCCCUGACGUGCGGGAUGCCGUCGCUGCGGAACUCAAACAGCUUAAGCAGCAGCAGCACAAGCUUGAGCAAGCUGAGGCCCGUAAGAGGCUAAAAAACUGGAAAGAUCGCAUGUGUCAGGGCACUUUCGGUCACUUGGGUCGCUGGCUUAAGAACCAGAAGCAAGUUUGUUUCGGUGUCACGCUCUACGAUUCUAAGGGUGAAGCCCACGAUAGGAUCAAAGCUGCGGACAUGAUUCAUGACUUCUGGUCCUCUGUUUGGAAAGAGAGCGGUAGUGUCAACACUGAUGAAGCCGCUGCUAACCUUUGCAAGCAGUUUGGUGAAGACCAAAGCAAACUUGUUUGGGACGCGCUCCCCCUUGAUGCUUUAACCCAGGCUGUCAAGAAAGCUAAAGGGUCCGCUGGUGCUGACGGCUGGGAUGGGGACGAGCUCAGGUACGUCCCUAACCAGGCCAUCGGUUGCUACCACGAACUCGUUCUUCGUUGGACGUUGGCGGGACAAUUGCCCUUGCAGAUGCUUCAGGCACGGCAGGCUACCGUGCCUAAACCUGACAAGAUCGAAAAAGGCAAUAGACUGCCUGUCGGCGGCACUAGACCGCUCACUGUGAUGAGUGUUUGGUGGCGGGCCUUCGCCAGCGCAUGGGUGCACUCUCCUCAGAUGGCUGCUUGGACCUCAGCAAACCUGGACCCUAGAGUCUGCUAUGGUAAAGGUUCUGACAGCCCUGAAAGUGCUGUGGACAGACUUCAAUCGAAGUUUGCGGGUCAGGGUGGGGUCCUCUGCGCCCUUGACUUCUCUCAAGCCUUCGAUCGGUUAAAUCCGAAUCUCACGGCUUCCGCCUUGGCCAGUUUGAACUUUCCCCCCGGCCUCCCUCGCUUGCUUCAGCUGGCGUGGGGAGAGCAGCAAAGGUUCAUCCAGUGGGACGGUCACACGUGUCCUAGAGUUCUUAAGCCAUCCGGCACGCCGCAAGGCUGCCCGCUUGCCCCUUUGAUCCUUGCUGUCUACACUACUGCGGGCAUCAAAGCAACUGAAGCUGGGCAGGACUUCUCCGCAGAUACCUCCAUCUAUAUGGAUGACCGCACUAUGUAUGCGCGCACCUGGUUUGCUGUUAAGAGUCGCAUCAGCGCUUGGUCCUCCUGGAGUGCCAGCAUGGGACUCUUGGAAAACGGUAAGAAAACGCAGGUUUGUGCACGUGGCAAGCUUGCUAAACAGGAGGUUGCCAUUGAUUGCCCCCAGGACUGGAUUAGAACCGAAAUCAAGGCUCUUGGGUGCACUACUACUGCGCAGCCGCGCAAAGAAAGCUCCACUGAGGCUGACAGGGUUGAUGCUGCUAUCCAGACUGCUGCUUUGCUCCGCUCUGUGCCUCUUGCCUGGCAAAGAAAGACUCUUGCCUUCCGAUGCUUUGUCUUGAACAAGGCGUCUUAUGGUUGGGUCUCUCGCUUUCCCACUCUGACCAGUGCUGGUAAAGUCUUCAACAGCCUGACUGCUGCCUACAAGACCAACCGCUUGGCUUGCAAAGCCUUCCGCAAAACCCUCUAUGGGGCUGUGCUUGACCUCUCCCUUGUCGUUCUCUGCAGGACGUGGAAACGCAUGGCUAAGGAGGUAGACAAAGGCCAUCGACCUAGAUGGACAGCCGGGCCGCACACCGCAGUUUCGGCCUUGCGCAAGACCCUCAAUAGGUUUGGCUUCCUUGAAGUUGGCCCCUGGGAAUGGACUGUCCCACAGAGGUGGGUGCGUCUAAUCCCUCGGGCUGAAAGCACUGUGAAGCUUGAGGGUACUGGUGCCGUGGAUGCUCAGUUGCACGCGUUCCGGGCUCAGUAUCGCAGAAACGCCUAUGAGCACUUCCUGAAAGGAAAGCGUCAUGAGGCCAGAGAGCUCUGCGCUCAGUACACGCCUGAUGAUCUACGUAGAUUCUAUGCUGCAAUCUCCAUCGAGCAAAGCCGGGAAGCCUUAAGCUUUGGGCCUGGUCACAGGGCUGUCAUGCUGGCUUCUGUUGUUUCCCCUAGUUGGUAUGGAAAAGUCUGCGCGGACAAGGAGGGUGUUAGUCAAGCUUGCCCGUGGUGCGGCCACGAGUUUGGCUCUUGGAGACAUGUAGCUUGGGACUGUCCUUGCAAUCCCUUGCCUGUUGGUCUCUCCCCUCCUCAAAAUCCGUUGACCUUCCGUUUCGGUUGGCUUGGUAAAGAUGAUCACAAUGCUCCUCUUGCGUUGGCUCAUCUGGCUGCUACUGUUGAUGCCUUGUGGAAAACUAGAUACGGUGACAGGUAA